GGAGGUAGUAUUCAGCUUCAAUCAGUUGUCUUGAGUUCUGUCUAUUUUUCAGUUUUGGGGGAGAAGGGGAGAAUGAAAGAGGUCUUCCAACAAAGCGAACGAAAUGAUGAACGGCGCUCUGUAUAUUUCGUUCUUCCAAGGUCAGCUUGAAUCCGCUAUGGAGCAAGUCGUGCAACUCGCGGUCCAGGAAAUAACCAAAACCGUCGGUUCGAGCUUGAAUUCUAUGUUGCAGGAAACGACCGCCAAGGACCAGGAUAACCAGCGUCUAAGGUUAAAGCUUCAAUCACGACAGGCUGACUGUGGCGGGGUUGGAAAUGCCUCUGUUUCCAGCGAGGGUAAAAUGGAAGGUAACGAGGCAAGCGAUGGGACAAAGAGCCAGCCACACACCCCCAGCCAAAGCACCGAACACGCGGUGCACACAAAUACGCACUGGCUGGAGCAGAAAGGGCGAGCAGUGGGACAGUUAAAAGUUGUGAUGGAGCAAGUCCUGAAAUUUGCCGUUUGUGAGUUAACCAAGAUAGUUGAGGACAGCUUUGAUGACCUCCUGUUGGAAAUGAUGAAGAAGGAGAAGGAGAACAAAGAUCUGAAUCUUAGACUGCAGCAGACUCAAGACCUGCCCGACUCGGGGAAGGACAGAGCAAAGUCAGGGAAGGCCUUGGAGAAGGCAUCGGGGUCCCCCAGCAACGUGGGUUCCAGUGAGAGAGACGAGGAAGCACAAGAGUCUCUGGGAAGUCUGGAGUUCGGAGCAGACGUCUUUCAAGCAAAGAAACCAACCGAAGCGGCAACCGUGCCCGAGAAGCAGACCGUCCUCUCGGUGUCCCAGGACUGGGUCCCCAUCCUGGACAAGGUUUUCGGGCAGAAGUGGUGCAGCGACCUGUGGCAGGUGAAGGAGAUGGGGGGCGGGGCGGGCGAGACGGGGGCCGGGGCGGGGGCGGCGUCCUUCCCCAACCCGGAGUGCUACCUCCAGGAGCGCGUGGACUCCCCGCUCGUCUCGUCCACCCUGCUGGAGGAGGGUCCCGGGGACGGCGAGGGGAAGCUGCCCUGGCUGCAGCCUGAGCAGAUGGAAGGAAACUCGGCCGGUGCUGACUUCAAGGGAGCGGCAGGCGUCAGCACCACAGGUUGUUUGUCUCCGGUCACCAGCGAUGGUCACCAUCACUCUGGGGAAGACUCCCAGCUCCGAUCCCCUUCGAUGCUACACAGACUCUUGACCCUCCCGUCCCAAGGUCUCGGCCAGCUGCUGUGUGACGAUCCCAGCAUCGAGCCCCUCCCCGCGCAGGCAGAGGUGUCGCCCGACAUACCGGAGCUCCGCGCUGACGUGAAGUCGCCCACCAAAGACCCGGCCUCGUCCCCGAGCGAGGAGGACGAGGAGGAAGGGGGCGGGCCGGCGGCCAACUGCUCGCCCCCGGAGCCCAAGUGCAGGGCCUCGGCGGGGCGAAAGACUUACCCCUGCAGGCAGUGCGGCAAGAAGUUCGGCCGCCUGCCACUGCUGAAGAUGCACCAGCAGACCCACAGGGAGGCCUCGCCCGUCAGCUGCACGUCGUGUGGGAAGCGCUUCACCCAGGCCUCGCGGCUGCAGGCGCACCAACGGACACACGUCGGGAAAAAAUCUUGAACACAAAUGGGGGAGAGGGGGGCAAAACAAAA